UGUUCUAGUCUACAUUUAAUUAAUAUACUUUUGUUGUUGCGCAAUUUCGUACAUAUCAAUGGGUGCUGAUUAUUAUAAGAUUCUUGGUGUUUCUCGUGAUGCUAACGAUGAUCAGCUGAAGAAAGCGUACAAAAAAAUGGCACUCAAGUUUCAUCCUGACAAAAAUAAAUCUCCUGACGCCGAAGAGAAGUUCAAGGCUGUGUCUGAAGCCUUCAGUGUGCUUUCUGAUAAAAAUAAGAGAGCUAUAUACGACCAGUAUGGAGAAGAAGGACUUAAAAACUCUUGUGGUGGUCAAGCCAAUGGAUUUGGAGCGCAUUUCUCAACUGGGGAUGCUUUUAGCAUGUUUAGUAGUUUUUUUGGAGGGGAUGAUCCUUUUUCUAUGUUUGAAAAUGGAAGUACAUUUAGUCCUUUUGGUGGCCCUUUUGGAGGCCCUUUUGGAGCUUCAUUUGGUCAUCGUGGACCUUCAAUGCAAAGGAAGCAGAGAGAUCCCGAUUUGUUGCAGCGACUACAAGUUUCGCUGGAAGACAUAAAAACUGGCACAACAAAGCACGUCAAAGUCAUGAGGAAAUGUCUAGUGAACGGUUCCUGCGUACAGCAGGAGAAGAUUUAUGAUAUUAAAAUAAAGCCUGGAUGGAAGGCAGGGACCAAAAUUACAUUUGAGGGAGCUGGGGAUGAUAUCAACCCGCAGAGAUUGCCUGCAAAUAUAGUUUUUGAAAUAUGCGACAAGCCUCAUCCUCUUUUUAAACGUGAGGGGGAGAAUUUGAUUUAUGUAUUGAAAAUAUCCCUGUAUGAUGCACUGUUGGGUCGGCCUAUUACUGUUCCUUUGUUGGGAGGGCGAAAAAUAUCAGUGGUUCUUCAUUCUCCGGUGAAUCCUGAUUCUGAUUAUAAGAUUGCUAAUGAGGGACUUCCUUAUGUUAAAUCCCCCUCGCAGCUAGGAUUUUUGAAAGUUCGUUUUGAUAUUGUGUUUCCCCAUUCGAUUUCCUCAAAUUUGAGAUCUGCGGUUGAAUCCGAACUUGCGCUUAAUGGGAAUAUAAUUUGA